AUGGGUCAAGACAUCCCAGACCCUCAGGGAUGUUUCAGCAGGCAACUCAGGGAACACAACCGAAGGAAACAGUGGAAGCUCAACUACCAAGAAGCAGCCAUAUAUUUACAGGAAGGACAAAACAAUGACAAAUUCUACACCCACCCACAAAGCCAUGAGGCCCUGCCAGCCUAUCAGGUCGCUCACAAUCGCUGGUUCUACUUGUUAGAUUUGUUUGCUGCAAUUUGUGUGAUGUUGUUGGCUGCCUGUGAGAGACCUGCUGUGGCCUCAUUAGAGAUGCCAGUUGGGGUUCAUGGGUCAGUAGAGAUGCUGUGCCUUCUUAUACUGAGCCUAGAUUUGGGCAUUCGGGUCAAGUGGUUGGGGUGGAAGAGCUUCCUAAAGCAUAAGAGAACUCUUCUAAAGGCGGUUGCGAUCAUUCUGAUGUUAAUAGAGUCCAUUGUUGUGUUAAUAAGGCAGACAAACCAUUUUAGAGUCACUCGAGCCUUACGUCCAUUGUUCCUUGUACAUUCACAUUACUGUCAGGGUGUUCGCAGGAUUACCAGACAGAUCAUGCAGUCUCUUCCUCCCAUUCUUGAUAUGAUUGUGCUGUUGCUGUUCUUCAUGCUCAUCUUUUCCAUUCUCGCAUUUUAUCUGUUUUCAGGUAUAAAGACAGACACAAAUUUCAAGACAAUCCAAAGCAGUUUCAUCAGCCUGUUUGUUUUGCUUACAACGGCAAAUUACCCAGAUGUAAUGAUGCCAGCUUACAACGAGUCCAGAGUGUAUUCUGUGUUUUUCAUAGUUUACCUCUCACUGGAAUUAUAUUUUCUUAUGAACCUGCUAUUGGCUGUUGUUUAUGAUACCUUCUCCAACCUGGAGAAAUCAAAAGUGAGAUCUCUCUUCUUCCACAAGAGGGAAGGAUGUGUACGGGCGUUCAAACUGCUUGUCACUCAGAAUAACCAAUCUCAGCUGUCUUUGAAACACUUUAUGGGGAUGAUGGAGUUUUUCUUGCCAAAUAAAACCAGAAGAGAUUACUACUUGAUGUUUAAAUCCCUCAACACUAGUCGGACAGGGCUGCUGACCUUGGAUGAAUUUUUCAACAUUUACGAUGUUGUCCGGUUAAAAUGGAAGUUGAAGAGUGAUACCAGUUUGUGGUCCUCAAAUUUCAAGUAUCCAUGUAAUAUAAUUUUUAAAGGUUUAUAUAGGUUCACAACGUGGAGAUUGUUCGAUUAUUUCAUUUAUAUUAUUAUUGCUGGGAAUUUUAUAUGGAUCCUGAUAGAGACAGUUCGGAUCUCAACUGAAGCAGUGAGUGUGAAAAAUUAUGACUUCAGUGCCAGUUGGAUCUCCAUUGUAUUUGUUUGUAUAUAUUCCAUUGAGUCUGUGAUAAAGAUCCUUGGCAGAGGUCCUCUAGACUAUUUCACACAGGGAUGGGAUGUAUUUGACUUCCUGGUCACCCUUGUCAGUUUGAUUGGUGUCUUUGGUGAAAUAUUUGAGAAUUCCUUUUAUUAUGUUAUGGUGUUGCGACCUUUUCGCCUUCUCAGAUUAUUUAAAAUCAAGAAAAGGUACAGGGAUGUUUUAGGCACCCUAUUUGUGCUCUUCUCAAAGUUGAUCAGCCUUGCCAUAUGUAUUGUGGUGGUCUACUAUUUUUAUGCAAUUAUUGGCAUGGAAGUAUUCCUGGAUAUUGAUUUAAAGAAUUGCUGCCAAAAUUCCAGCGUGGAAUCAUUUUAUAAGUAUGACAACAGUACAAAAUCUGGCUACUACUACCUAAACAGUUUUGACAAUAUCUUCAUUUCUGGAGUGACACUUUUUGAGUUGACAGUUGUCAAUAAUUGGUUUAUUAUUAUGGAAGGUUUUGCCAAUGCUGUGAGCCAGUGGUCAAGAGUGUACUUUAUGAGUUUUUACAUUGUUAUGAUG